CCCAACAGCUGAUCGAGAGAUGCAAUGGCUGCAGCCGCUGGUGAUGGUGGGGGAGAGGGAGUAAAUGAGGAGACGGGGGCGCCUGGAGAUGGCAGCGCCAGCGGUGCGGAAUCCUUGGACCGGCUGUACCCCGCAGUGGGAGCUCCGAGGCCGCCCCGGAAACGGACCACCAGCCAGUGCAAAUCAGAGCCGCCCCUGCUGCGCACGAGCAAAAGGACGAUCUACACGGCCGGGCGGCCGCCCUGGUACAACGAGCACGGGACACAGUCCAAAGAGGCCUUUGUCAUCGGUAUGGGACCAGGGCCGUCCCUCGCGAAUUACAGCGCGAAGACCACGGUGGCCAGGAUGAUCAUCGAAGCCUUAGAUGUCCCCUGGGUGGUUCUGCUCUCCAUGGACUCAUUCUACAAGGUGCUGACCAAACAGCAGCAGGAGCAGGCAGCCAGCAACGACUUCAACUUCGACCACCCCGAUGCCUUUGACUUCGACUUGAUCAUCGCCACCCUGAAGAAGCUCAAGCAAGGCAAGAGCGUGAAGGUCCCCAUCUACGACUUCACCACCCUCAGCCGGAAGAAGGAAUGGAAAACUCUGUACGGCGCCAACGUGAUUAUCUUUGAAGGCAUCAUGGCUUUUGCGGACAAGGAGCUCCUGAAGCUUCUCGACAUGAAGAUAUUUGUCGACACAGACUCGGACAUCCGGCUGGUGCGCCGCCUGCGCAGGGACAUCGGCGAGCGCGGCCGGGACAUCGAGGGGGUCAUCAAGCAGUACAACAAAUUUGUCAAGCCCGCCUUCGACCAGUACAUCCAGCCCACCAUGCGGCUGGCCGACAUCGUCGUGCCCCGAGGUAGCGGGAACACCGUGGCCAUUGAUCUAAUUGUCCAGCACGUCCACAGCCAGCUGGAAGAGCGUGAACUCAGUGUCAGGGCAGCGCUGGCUUCUGCGCACCAGUGCCAUCCCCUUCCUCGGACCCUCAGCGUGCUGAAGAACACCCCUCAAGUGCGCGGCAUGCACACCAUCAUCCGUGGCUAUGCUGCAGCAGCCUGUCGCUUUUGUACCAUGGCUCCGGUGUGCUUGACAGUCUGGCCUGAGCCCGUGGUAACGCUUACGCUGUGCUCUUUGCAGAGCUGCACUGUCCAGACCCCGCAGGGAGAGGACUACGAAGGGAGAUCCUACAGCGGCAAGCAGAUCACCGGCGUGUCCAUCCUGAGAGCGGGAGAGACCAUGGAGCCGGCCCUCCGGGCUGUGUGCAAAGACGUCCGAAUCGGCACCAUCCUCAUCCAGACCAACAGCAACACCGGAGAGCCAGAGCUCCACUACCUGCGGUUGCCGAAGGACAUUAGUGAGGAUCACGUGAUCCUGAUGGACUGCACCGUCUCCACGGGCGCGGCGGCCAUGAUGGCAGUGAGAGUGCUGCUGGAUCACGACGUCCCCGAAGACAAAAUCUUCCUCCUCUCUCUGCUGAUGGCAGAGAUGGGCGUCCACUCGGUGGCCUACGCCUUCCCCCAGGUGAAGAUCAUCACAACGGCUGUGGACAAGAAGGUGAACAACCUUUUCCGCAUCAUCCCCGGCAUCGGGAAUUUUGGAGAUCGCUAUUUCGGGACCGACGCCCCCCCUGACUGGAGCGAGGACACCCUGGACACUUAGCAGACACCCCCACCUGCCUUGGGUCAGAAGACGAGAUCCCCCCCUCCCCUCCCUGGAGACGAGGCAGCUUUCGCAUCGCACCUUAUUCUUCUAUUGUAUAUUUCCAGAGAGAUUUCCCCCGGGCAUAGAUAUUUUUUCAGCUCUUGCGUUUGGAGGCGAGGGCCUAUUUUUUCAAAAGGAAGAGACGUCAAUCCGAGCUGCCUGGAUGUGCACAGGCGCGUGUCCUGCUUGAGAGCGGAGUUAAUUUAUUUUAAUUUAAAGAUUUGCCUAUGUAACUUAUGUCAGAGAUUUUAUAAAGAACAAAAUAAAGGUUU